CGCUGGUUCCCAGAGGAACCCUUAGAACGAGGCCGCUCAUCAGAUAUUACCAAUAGAAUUCUGUGGUUGGGCUUCUCCCUUUUCAUCUCUGUUGCAUGGGUCUCAUUUGCAACAUUUUUUAAUGGUAUUUCGGAACGCGGUUGCUAUCCAUGUUUUGUUUAUGGUUUGCUUUGUAUUUCCUGGCGUUUGCCUAUGAUUAUUGUGGUGAAACGAAGGGAAAUGAUGUUACAGUCCUUGCGUUGACGUUCAAGCUGCAGUGUUGAAUAGUUGACAGAAACUCUAGCGACCUGCCAACGCUUCUGAUUUUACUUCCAGACCAACAAAAUGAUUUUAUGCAAUGGCUGAAUUACAUAUAAUUGGGCAAAUAUCUUCAGCAAAGAAUUUUGAACAACCUCAUCUGUUUUGUAAAUGGAGUUUUCAUACUGGUGGCGGUUGGAAACUCAUAAGUGGAAAUAUCGAAGGACAAACACAGGAAUGUUGUGACUCCUAUACUGAAUCCCCUGUAUUUGAUCAUCCAUUGGAUUUGCAUUAUACAACACAAACUCUUCAGGGCUCUCCAAAGCUACUUUUACAAAUAUUUUGUCGAGAUAAUCAUAGUCGUAUACUAUUCGUUGCCUAUGGUGUCAGUACAAUACCAUUAACACCAGGUUUCCAUAGUAUCGAAUGUUACACAUGGAAACCCAUAGGUGACUGGCAAGACAGGCUGAGAGACAAAUUUUUAGAUGAUAUAACAAUGCCUUCGUGUCUUGAUGAAUCUCAAUGUAAUAAUACAACUAAUCUUGACAACAAUAUCAAAAGUACAACAGAAGAAACGAAUUUGCCUUCUACUAAAUCAACUAGUGGUGUUACAAAAGUAACGUCUACUGAGUUCAGUAACAGUAAAGGUGUAACGGUAACAACAAUCUCACCACAAAAUGUAUCUACGACUACUGCAUCUAAUACAAAUUUAACAAACGCAAACAAUAGUCUACUUACCAAUUUGGAGAUGAUGAAAUUCAAUGUACACAAAACCCAUGUGGAAUUGUGUGAAUGUGACAUGACGACAUUCUCAUGCGACAUUAAUUGCUGCUGCGAUGUUGACUGUAAGGAAUCACAAGUUGCAGUUUUUUCUCGAUGUACUGAUCAUCGGACAAAAAUUUAUGACAGUCGUUACUGUUACGAGAAUAAUUUUGUACAGUACAAUAAUACAGGAUAUAUUCUUGAACGAUUAGCAAAUAAUUUGUUUUGCAUUGUGUACGAUAAUCUCCCUCCAACAUAUAGCGCAAGUAUAACGCUAGAUGUGCAGACUCAUAAAGCAUUGAAAGAUGUUAUUGAUGGUCUUGAUACUAGUCAAUUUAAAUGGCAGUCACAGAAAGUACGCAUGGCUCCAGAAUUCAAUAAUACACAUCCUUAUAGACACGGUGAUAUUCUCUGGAAAGUUGAUGAUGGCUUCAUAAAGCAAUUAGAGGUAUUGCAAAGUGGAUUCACGAGUCUCUGCUCUUUUAAGAAAACUUUAAGAUAUCUUGAAGACUGGAACAGUGCAUGUAUGCAAACUGACUUGACUAAUAAUAAUGUAUAUCUGUUUCCUAAAUCGUUUCACAAAUUCACGGUGAUUGCAUCGCCACUGUUGUUCAACGAGUCUUACAUAAUUUCUCAAAAUCAGUCAUGCCCGAAAAAUGUGUGUCUGGCAUUGGAAAAUCGAUAUUGCAUGGGGUCCUGGGAUGCUUGUAAUAAUACUGAAAUAUUAACAGGAUAUUGCGCUAAUGGUGCUUGUAUAAAUAUUGUCACGCACGUACGUUAUGUAAUCAUUCAUAAUGGUACUUUAGGAAUACAACGUAUACGUGCAGAUUUGCAAUUGGGUAACGUGUCUGAGAAAUUUUAUCAACAUUAUGAAAUCAGCUACGAAUGGGUUAACUUGAAUAAGAACAAAUCAUUUAAACUUAGUGGUAAUCCUGGAUAUCUCAUUGGAAAGCCUAUUGUGAUUGGGACCUUAAUAACGAACAAAACAAAUGAUAUUGAUACAAAAUAUGUUCUUGCUAAUCGAAAAAAUCAUUUUCUUACUAUGCCCAUCGGACAAAGAAAUGGAGAAUGUGAUCCAUCAAAUAGAUACUUGGUAGGCUUUGGUGAAGAUGUUAAGUUAAAAUGUUCUGUUACACUGACAACUAAUAAUUUUACAAAAGAAUCUUGUAUAGAAUUACAAAAUAGAACAUUAGAGACUAUGUUGGAGAGUACCAUGUAUAAUAUUACACAGGUUGAUCAAUAUAAUAUGUUCGUUUCAAAGUUAGGAUAUAUCCAUGAGAAUGGUACUUCCAGUUGGGCACAAAUUCUACUCGAUAGAGUUCCCCAUAAUGUGAUAACGGGUCAAGUAGUCAAUGAUCGAAUUCAAUGUUCAGGAUUGGUGACAUCUUUACGUGCUGACAUUCUACAUGCUCUCUUACCAAAACAAAGGAUUAUGAAUAAUCAUAAAAUAUUAGGUAUAAGUUUUACAUUCUCAGAAGAAGUAGAUUUGUCAUGGUCCAAAUGUGCAGGUAAUAAUUGUAUGGAUACUCUUGUCAUUGACAUUGUUACAUACAUAGCAUUUCAUGAUGCUUCAAAACCACUAAAAUACUACUUUGCCGGAGGACCUAAUUUCGAUAUAACUUUGCCAUAUGAUUUCUUUUAUCCUUUUAUGAGCGGUACUGCUAAUAUUAACUCACCAUACCCAGUAUCAAUAUUUCUUAUCACAAGUAUGAUUAUUAAUAGUAUGUACCCAUAAUUCAUCAUAUACAAAAGUUCAUGCAGUAAGAAUUUAGCACAAAGUUAUAAGAAGUAUAAUAUAUUUUGUAUUGACAAUAAAAAUUGCAGAAGAAUUC